UUUAAUGAAUUACAUCUUUCACAGUUCGACCUUGUCUGCGAGCGUGGCUCAUUUGGAUUCAUCUCAACCUCUGUUAUUUUCCUCGGAUUUUUUAUUGGUAGCAUCUGCGUGAGUACCAUAUCUGACAAGUUUGGCAGGAAGCAUCCGCUGUUCGUCUGCGGGUUCAUUUGUGCCAUUUUUAACUUUGCUUCGGUCUUCGCUCCAGCGUUUUGGGUGUUCGCCGUUUUCCGUUGUAUCAUCGGAUUCAUGCAAGGUGCUUUCACCAUUCCGGUUUUCGUUUUGGCAACUGAAUUAUCUGGAGUUCGCCACAGAAGCACCGGGGGAGCCCUAAUUUGGCUGGGUUUUUCGGCGGCCGUCAUGAGCUUAGCAGGACUUGCCUACCUUAUCAGAGAUUGGAAACAGUUAACGAUGGUCUCUGGAGCUCCGGGAAUUUUGUUUGUGGCUUGUUGGUUCUUUACCCCGGAGUCGAUCCGCUGGUACCUAAAGAAAGGACGAGUGUCCGAUGCCAUGAACGUGCUGCGCAAGGUCGCCAAGGUUAAUGGCAAAAAGAUGCCCGACGCUACACUAAAAUUACCCAAUGAUGAGAAGAAAGAAAGACUUGGUGAUUUUCGUGACUUGUUUUCGUCAGUUAAAAUGGCUCAUAAGACGCUUCUUUCCUGGCUUAUGUGGUUCACUGCCUCUUUAAUCUCCUGGGGUACAUCGUUCCACGCACCAUUCCUUGGUGGGAACAUCUACGUCAAUGUCGUGAUUUCUUCCCUGACAGUGGUGCCCGCAUAUCCCAUUAUGGCAGGCUUGACACUGAAGAUUGGUCGUAGAAUGAUGAUUCUCAUCUCGUUUCUCAUGGCUGCUGUGGGAGCUAUUGGGGCCCUUGCUUUGUCAGAUAAGGCUGAGGAUGACAAAGCUUACAUGCUUGGAAAAAUAUUCAUGUACAUGUUCGUGGCUAAUCUGGGAGGAGAUAUUGCCUUUGCGGUGGUAUACAUUUACUCUGCAGAACUUUUCCCUACAACAGUAAGGUAAUGUAUAAUAAUUUUACUACUUAGGUGAUGAGAAAAUUACAACAGUAUAAACCUCUGACCAGACUCCUUUCAGCCUGUAUGUCUCUCGAAAAUCAGAAGAGACAACGGGGAGAGGGUUUUUAGACGAGAGAGGGUUGGGGCGAGACAAGGUGAACACGGGAGUGACCAGCCACUUCUCGCCUCUCAGUGUGUUUUGAGUUCGCGUUCUUGUGGAUAAACGUACGCCGGAUCUUAGACAAAACUCUGAGUGUCUUCAGUCUAACCCGUGAAAGACGAUCAAUCAAUCAAUCAUCUGUCUGUCCGUCCUUCCACCCUCGGUCGGUCGAUCGGUCCGUCUGUCCGACUACCGUCCGUUAGUCAGUGCGUGCGUGAGUGAGU